GUUUACGCAUGCGCUGGCUACUAUCCUUGUGUGUUUUCUCCUUGUCCCAUAGCAGCGUGGUGUUGUGUCAGUCUCCUUACAUCGUCAAACCUCAAAGAGACAUGGCAGAAAAAGGAAAGGGCAGGGUGUCGCAACAGGACAAGACAGGGAACAAAGACCGCUGUGUGACAUGUCACCAUCAUGCAGCAUCCAAGGGACACGACACAAUGGCUGUCCCUCCUGCCUACUCAGACUUGGGGAAAUCUGCCAAAGACAUCUUCAACAAGGGCUACGGCUAUGGAAUCCUGAAGCUUGAUGUGAAGACCAAGUCCCAGAGUGGCGUUGAGUUUGCCACCUCAGGCUCAAACAACACAGACACUGGCAAAUCCGGCGGCCACCUGGAGACCAAGUACAAACUCAGCGAGCUGGGCCUCAGCUUCAGCCAGAAAUGGAACACAGACAACACUCUGACCACAGAAAUCACCAUGGAGGACCAGCUGGCAAAGGGCUUGAAGCUGGGUCUGGACACCUCCUUUGUUCCAAACACUGGCAAAAAGAGUGCCAAAGUGAAGACAGCCUACAAGCGUGAAUUUGUCAAUGUGGGCUGUGACCUGGACUUUGACAUGGCCGGCCCCACUGUCCACGGCACCGCUGUACUGGGCUACGAAGGUUGGCUGGUGGGCUACCAGGUGGCGUUUGACACGGCCAAAUCCAGCAUAACCAAGAACAACUGUGCUCUGGGAUACAAGGCUCCCGACUUCCAGCUUCAUACCAGUGUCAACGACGGCACAGAGUUUGCUGGCUCCAUUUACCAAAAGGUGAAAAACAACUUGGAAACAGCGGUCCACCUGGCAUGGACGGCCGGAAGCAAUAACACGUUCCUUGGUGUGGGAGUCAAAUACCAGCUGGAUAAGGACACCUCUCUUUCUACCAAAGUCAACAACGCCUGCAUGCUCGGCGUUGGAUACACACAAACUCUCAGACCAGGAGUGAAGCUCACGCUCUCUGCGCUCGUAGACGGGAAGAACAUAAACGGUGGUGGACAUAAGAUGGGCAUGGGCUUUGAGCUAGAGGCAUGAAGAUGAAGAGGGAAGACAAAAAAAGCACGGCAGACGAAAAGAAGAGGAUAGAUCCCAGCAGCAACACUGAAACACAUUCUAAGGGCUUACUUAACCUUGCAGGACUGUUUGUUUCAAUGCUGUAUCAUUUCAGCACAGAGACUUAGUGGCCACUUCAUGCACAAUCUCAUCUGGGGCAGAUAAUUGAAGAUUUUUGUCAGGCAGUUCAGCCAAGUAUUAGUCAUACACUGGCCAAGUGAUUUUUGUUUUGUAGGGGUGCACGAUCAGACCGAUAACUAUUAAUUAAGACAUCAUACUGAUUAAAGUAAUAUCUCAAGAUAACUAAUAAAUUUAAAAAAUGCUCUAAUGAAGUGAGAUUACUGUACAUGUACAAUGCUGGUGAGCAAAUCAAACGCUCCUUUAACGGGCUGAAUUUCCCCGGGUGCUCACUUGUAUCAUUGUUCCAGAGGAAGACAUUUCCUGUGCACUAAAUGCUCCAUAAUGAAGGGAGAAAAACUAUACAUCAAAACUUAUCAGCCACAUGAAACACCAGCAUUGCUACAACGCCCGGGUCUUGGUCCUAUACUGAAGGUUAAAGCGAUCUGUGAUUUUUAUUUUUUUUUAUGAUGGCAGUGGACGACCAGCCCUUUACUAUCGUUGAAGAAUGAUACCAGCUUUUGUUGGCUGGUAAACCCCUCUAAUGUGCAAUGACAAUCAUAGUAGAUUAUACUUGAAGAUAUCUGGAUCCUCCACUUUUCUGAAGUUGUUAGGAUGUUGUUUUAUCGUGUUAAAUGAAGUUUCAGAUAAUGAGGUGUGCUCAUUUGGAAGUGAGCCCUGAAAGAAGCUCUGGAUGGCUGUGAAUGCCCUUUCAGAGAGUUUUUUUUUCAAACACCAGCUUACUGUGAUGUCACAUUGAACCAGACUUCUUUAUAUGGCUGUUUCCGGGUACAAGCUGUACAAGCUGAGUGGGACCAAUCACUGUGGUGUGGGCGUGCCCGGAGACGGGCAGUGAGAUAGACCUUUUUGGAAAUCCAAUGGAAUACACCUGGAAUAGGUGACCUUUUUGGAAAUCCAAUGGAAUACACCUGGAAUAGGUGCAGAUUCAGAAGACAUAGAAAGCUUUUUGUGUGGGUUAUUGUGUGUAGCUGAUCUAUAGAAGACCACAACUUAAUACAAAGGGUUGAAAAAUGAGCAGAAUCAGUCCCCUUUUAACUUUCCUCUAAAUUAACUUUCCUCUAAAUUAUCCAAUAUCAGUAAUCUAAAUAACUUCUCAAAUGUAAAAAAACAAAACAACCAAAAGUACAUCUAUUUUUUAAAUCUUUUAUCAAGAACUCCAGUAUUGUACGACUUCUUGCAUCAUUUACAGCUAUAAGAUUCAGCAAACAAAAUAAUAAUCUCUGGCCAGGGUAUGAAUAAUUUUGAGCUUGUUCAACUUCAUUAUCAACUUGCUUGGCUCUCAUAAACAAAUUACUAUUAGAAUGUGAAUGCCUGGGUGUUUCAUUGUUGCAUGUUUUCAAGCAAACCUCCCUCCCUUUUUUUGCCUUGUUGCCAAAUACAGCGACUAUAUAAUAAACAGUGCAAUAAAAGAUGAAGGAACCUUUAAUUCCAACACUUCACCUCAGAACCUUCACUUGCCAGAAAGGUCUAUUUUUUUUUUGGCUGUUGUCCUGUUGUGUUCAGAAACAUUUCACUUGUUAUGCUUGUUUUCUCAACUGAUUUUAUUGAAUCAGUGGAAUAAAAAAGUGGUGAACAUUU